CACAAUGCACCGCUGUGGGUAUGGGAACGGCCAGUUCUGACGUCACCACGCAGGCUUCACUCUGAGUCAGAAGCCAAGAUGGCGGCGCCCAUGGAGGUGGUGGUGUGUGCCGAUUCGGCCGGGCAGCUGUGGAACUGUGCCGUUUUUGACCUCCACUCCGGCACGAACCUUUUUUCUUAUCGAGGCGGCAACAGCUCGGCGAGGUCUCUCACUGUACUCAACGGCGAGUUCAUUCUUGGAGCCCAGCUGGGCAAGAACUUUAUUAAUGUUUGGGAGAUACAAAGAAAGGAUCAGCUGCAGCAAAAAAUAGUGUGUCCUGGGAUUGUCACUUGCCUUACAGCUUCCCCAGAUGGGCUUUAUCUGCUGGCAGGAAUUGCUGAAGCCAUUUAUGUGUGGGAGGUGUCGUCUGGGAGCUUGCUUGCGAUCUUGAAUCGGCAUUACCAAGAUUUGACCUGCCUGCGCUUCACUGAUGACAGCAGCCACUUCAUUUCUGGCGGCAAAGACAACCUAGUGUUGGUGUGGAGUCUCACCAGUGUGGUGCAGCUGGACUCGUCUCAUCCUCCUGAACCUCGUCACGUCUGGGCUCGUCACUCACUGCCUGUCACUGACAUCCACUGUGGGCUGAUGGGAGCUCAGGCCAGAGUCGCUACGGCCUCCCUCGAUCAGACUGUUAAGCUGUGGGAGAUCUCCUCGGGCGAAAUGCUUUUAUCCAUCCUCUUUGAUGUGGGAAUCAUGUCUGUGACCCUUGACCCCUGCGAGUACUUCCUCUUCUGUGGUGGCAGUGAUGGCAAUAUAUUCCAGGUGUCCCUCUGCAGCACGCACCUCAGCCGGGAAAAGACCUUCCAGUCUGACAAUGAAGGCAAUCAGGUUUUCAAAGGACACAGAAACUUGGUGACAUGUCUGUCUGUAUCUAUGGAUGGCACACUCCUGCUCUCAGGCUCCCAUGAUGAGACCGCCCGUCUGUGGGACAUCCAGAGCAAGCAAAGCAUCCGGACUAUCAACCAUAAAGGCCCAGUCACCAACGCCUCCAUUAUUCUGGCCCCAGCCAACAUGUUCCUGCCGGACAGCCGCCCUGCGGUUCCCCUGCCACGAUUUAGCCGCCAUCUGAACCCAUCGGAGCAGGGUGAAGGCACUGAAAGCGGGGGUGUGUCCUUGCGUUUGGGGCCCAGCUCACAGGCUUUAGAGGAGACCUACUUGGAGAAGGCUGAGAAGCUUUAUUCCCUGAUGUGUGCUGUGACAGACAAGAGCGUGUUUGGAGAUGGCGAGAACACCAAGGUGCGCGUGUCAGAGCUGGAGGAGGAAGUGCAGACACUGAAGAAGAUUAACAAGGAUUUGUAUGACUUCUCAACACAGCUUCUUACCAAGCCUAGUUAGACGUGUCCUGGUGUAGGGCUCAUCCUAUGGACCUGGCUUUAGUUCAAUGGAGGAGGCAACAGUCUUUGACGAUGGGGUGUGCAUUUGGGGAGUGAAUAUGUGUGUACAAAGAUAACAAAUAUUUCUGUCAUUUCUGUCUUUUCAAGUAAAGCUAAGAAUUUUGGGUCUUGUGUCGUUCUUUGUCUGAAUCGUAACAACUGUGUGCUUAUGAAUUUUUGCAAGUGGGCUGAUAACGUUUGCUUUGAUAAGAAAGUAAAGAUUUCAUAGUCUGCUUUU